AUGAAUCCCAACGUCCGCCUGAAACGUCCGAGACGACGAUCCUACGAAAUGGUAUGUUAUCCUUUAUUCUUUGUUGUUUUUGUUUAGGAAAGAUCAAAGAACUAGCUUGAAAUGGUCAUAAAUUGAUGGAAGAGAUAUUUUUCUUGCUUUUAAAAUUAAUUCUAUUCAAGUUUACGUCUUUGAAUCAUUGUUUUGGCCGAAAUAAUGGCGGGAACCGCGCUUUUUGCCUAGGUGAAGGUAAAAAAUGCGGCGGAAAAGCUUCAAAAAGGUAUUUGAAUUCGAAAAACUGGAGUGAAAUAAAAGGAGAAGAGUUGGCGCGAAAACCUUGAGGCAGAAAGAAAAUUUCAUUUCUAACAUUUUUUGGUUUUUCAAACAAAAUUUUGUUUUAAAAUUUAAAAUUUUGAUGUUCUACUGAACUAAAAGAAUUUAUAGAAGACUUAACUAGUUCGUCUAACGAGAUAUUUUACUAGCAUUACUUUUAGUACAUAUUAUUUGAUAACUUAAGGUAUGUUGUUGCGUUUUUGAUCUAAAAAUAAGAGAGAAAGAGAGGCUUUUCUGUACCAAUAUCUUAUAUGCUGGACUUGAUGUUUCGUACUCAAUUUUUUGGUGGAAAUAGAUGGAUUUUUUUGUCUAAAAUCAUUGCACUAUAACAAAAAGAAUCUCUUCUUUAAAAUAGGCACAAAAUUAAUUGAUUUUAUCUUUAUGUUUUAGUAAAAACAUUUAUCUUUCAGGAGAUAGACUCCAGCGAUUCUGACUCAGAAGUGGACGAUUCGAAAGGGCGCCUGAUGCCUAAUGGUGAAUGUAAGCGUCUUUAUUUUUUGUUUUCUGCUUUUAGGCGUUCAGAUCUUUAUCAAUUUUAAAUUAAUUGAGUAAAAUCUGCUGGAAACUUUGAGAAAAUUAAGCAUAAAGUUGUGGGUAACAUCUGAUGUUGUUAGUGAUAGGAAAUUUGGUUUUUUGGUGCUGAAACUAGCUUAUCACUUAAUGAUUUCGAUUGAAAAAGAUGCUCAAGUAUCUGUUUCAUUAUUUUAAACGUUUUUAAAUCACGUUUAAAGCUUAUCAAACCUUUUUUAGUAAGAAUCCCGGACUACGUACAGAGUGUAAUAUCAGAGCUUUCGGCCGAGGAUUUGGAACUGUUUCACAAGACGAUAGAGAAUGAUGGUGGAACUAUAGAGUUUUCCGACGAUUCUUCAUACGAUUUGUCAUCCGACGGAUCACCUGAACUGAACGUUGAUCAAGUCUUGAGGGAGUUUCGAGAUAACAACAUGCGUAGAGGAAGUCGGGGUCCAGGUCGACCGAAGAGCUCGAAUACUAAGGUGAGACUUGUUUUUAUGUUGAUUAUCUUGGCUUAGGUGGACUGGAAAUGGCAUGUUUAAGGGUUAUUUUUGUCGAAAAACUGCUUUUUUGAGCUAAAAUAUAUUGUUUUAUGCAUCAAAUUUUAAUUUUUUCUUAAAUUCAGUCACAACUUUUUAAAUUUUUGUUAAAAUUCAUUAAAAUUUAUGAUUACAGGCGCCAAGAGGAAGAGGGUCAAGCACAUCCAGAGAUGCGACUCCAUCAACCUCUCGUGAAUCAGUCCCUCCUACGCGGCCGGCUAAAGCCAGAAGAGCUCAAACGGAAUGGAAAAAGGAUUUGAAAAGUGCAACGAAACACCUCAGAGACAUCAAUUGGAUUAGUGAAGGCGGGAUGAUGUUGGAUAUGAGGCCGAACAAUAAUAAUCCAAAGGUUAAGGUGGGGUUUUAUCAAUUAGUUUUUGUUGUUUUAGUCUUAAAGUGGCGGAAAUAGGAUUUUUUUAAGAUUCACGGUGUUUUGGGGGGUUGAAUGGACAUUUUAUGCUAUAAAAGGUGUUUUAAGAGUCAACCGGGACAUUUUAUACGAUGUAACAUGCCCAGGUUUUCAAAUAUGAAUAUUAAAAAACAUGUUUCAUCGUAUAAAAUGCCAACUAAAAAUUAAGUUUUUAAUAAAAAUAUAAUCAAAAUGCCAUUUUUUAUCACAUCUCAUGAGAUUUGCCAUUUUCAGAAUUGGUGGGACAAAGAGGGCGUCAACUUUCGAGCCGAACUGAUUCACAAAACUUUUGACGAAAAUAAUGUGCCUGAGGUCAAGGGCUUCUUGGCACCAAAUCCAUUGCUUCAGAAUAAGGCCGAGUUUAUGGCUAAACUUCGAAUUCAUGAAGCGUCAUUCAAGCGAUUGGAGGAGGAACAUAAACAAGCGCUGGCUGAACUGCGGCCCAGGGAGAAGGAAAAGGAAAUUGGUGGGUUUUUAGGCUUAGAUAUUGGUUUUAGGGGGUGUUUUUGGUGGAAAGUGUCAUUUUGGGUUCAAAAUGGCAUAUUUGGUAAAAAAUGUCAUAUUAGUCUUAAAAAUUUUGUUUUAGGCUUGAAAUAGUCGUGUUAGGCUUAAUAUGUCAUUUUAGGCUUGAAAGUUUCAUUUUAGGCUUAAAAUGUCAUUUUAGGCUUAAAAAGUAAUUUUAGGCUUAAUAACGUCUUUUUAGGCUAAAAAAUGUCAGUUAGGCUUAAUAAUAUCUUUUUAGGCUUAAAAAGUCAUUUUAGGCUUAAGAAUGUUAUUUUAGGCUUAGAAAUAUCAUUUUAGGCUUAAGAAUGUCAUUUCGGGCUUAAUUAUUUCAUUCUAGGCUUAAAGACGCUUUAAAACCUUAUAAAAUGUCGUAUUUCAGAAGAGGACGAAGACGAUGAUGACGACGAACUGGAAGAUGCGGAUGCUCCAGCUUGUGACGGUGUUGAAGUCUACGAAGUGGAGCGGAUCUUACUUUCAAAACAAUCGAAACGACAGAAGGAAGCUCGAUUCCUAAUAUUGUGGAAGGGGUGGACAGUCGAAGACCUCACUUGGCAAGCCGAAAGUGACAUCUUCGCACCCAAGAAGGUAAGAACUUUGUUUACAGAACGAAAAAUUGCAAGAACUUUUGUUCUAAAUUACAAAUUGACUAUAUAUUUCUAUAUAACACAUAAAAUGACGUGUUAAAAAAAGUGGAAGUUGAGUGGAAGAUUUGUAAUGUGUUUUACACUGAAAAUCUUCCACAUAACUUCCACUUCAAAAAAGUAUCAAAAAUGCAUUUUUAGGCCAUUUUAAGACAUUUUGAAAAUGGAAUUUGAGUGGAAGAUUUUUAGUGUAUUUUGCACUGAAAAUCUUCCACUGAACUUCCACAUUUUUUUGAAAUGUCUAACCGUUAAUAAUCUUUAUAACUUUUUAUUGUAUACCUUUUGACUGGUUUAAAAUGUCUUUAACAUACCUAAAAACACGUUUUAAACUCAUUUUUAUUGAUUUUUUGUAGCUAAAACAAUACAAAAACCGUCUCCAAAUCUGUAACAAGAUUAAGAAGCGCUGCGAUUACCGUGACAAAAUCUACUACCCCUACCACAAGAAUCAGCAACUAUAUCCAGCACGAAUGCAGAGUUUUCGCAAGUUGGUCGAAUGGGAGUACGAACUCAAUUUGGUCAACAAACGCUUUAAAGUAGCUCCCAUCUACAUUGAGAAUUGGGUGGACGACGCCAGAGAGCCGAUCCACUUCCAAUACGGUCAGAAGAAUCGAAUCACCGCCGACGCGGAGGCCGUCUUUGGCGAAGGAAGCUUGGUCAAACAGAAGUGCGACUGCAAACCUAGAUGUCUGCCUGAAAGUUGUUCUUGUGCUGUAGGUUUUUGGGGUAAUUGAGGUUGGGUUAGGGGGUAAAUAGGGUUAUUUUAGGGGGUAAAUGGGGUUAUGUGAAGGUAAACGGAAGGCUUGUCGAUUUUGAAGCUUGUAUAAUAUGUACAUAUAUAUGAUAUAUAAAGUACAUAUAUAAAAGACGAGAUUAACUUAUUUUAGAAAUUUUGACAAUAUAUUGUGUUAAGAAUGAAUAUUGCAAACCCAGAAAAGUUUUGUCGUUUUUGACUAUGUAAAGUAAUGUACAUUAACGACAAGACUUUUUUUUAUAAAAAAAAUAAUUUUUUCUGGCUUUAUAAUUUAUUGAAAAAGGCCAAUAAUGAUUAUAAAAAAAUAAAAUUUUACUUGCAGCACUAAAAACGGCUAUAUUUCAAAGUGAAAGUUGAGUGGAAGAUUUGCAAUGUAUUUUGCACUGAAAAUCUUCCAAUCAACUUACAUUUUUAAAAUGUCUUGAAAUGGCCUAAAAACACGUUUUUGAGCAUUUUUAGAAGUGAAAGUUGUGUAGAAGAUUUGUAGUGUAUUUUGCUUUAAAUAUGCAAAUUUUUAAUUUUUUCAUAAAAUUUUGUUUAUUUUCAAAUUUGGACAUCAAAAAAAUAGUUUUUAAAAUUUUACGUAAAGCGCCCAAAAAACUACUCAAAAUAAUAAACAUUACCUAAGGAGUUAACUUUAAUCGACGUUUUGACACUCGGGGCUACUUUUUUAAAAAACAAAAUUAAGCUUGUUCGAAGCGCAAGAAAAUGUAGUUUCAAAAUCUAUAAUAAAAAUGUGUCGUAUUUUGCAUUUUGGUAGAGAUAUUAAGGAAAUAGUGUAAUAUAACAAAAAAUUUUGAAAAACUUUAAUUAUGCAAAUUCGCCAUUUUCUUGUUAAAAUUUUAAUUUCUUUCUAAUUUUUAACAUCAAAAAAAUUUUUGUUUUUAAAAUUUUGCGAAAAGCGCUUAAAAACUACUCAAAAUAAUAAACAUUACCUAAGGGGUUAAUUGUAACCGAAGGUUUGACCCCCGGGGCUACCAUUUAAAAAACAAAGUUAGGUUUGUUUGAAGCGCAAGAAAAUACUCUUUCAUAAUGUGAAAUAAAAAAGUGUCGUAUAAGGCAUCCCUGCCGAGAAAAAUACGGAUUACUGUAGUUGCGCACAAAUAUGCAAAUUUUUGAAGCGCUUCCUGAAACGCUAGAAAGUAGAUGUAAAUAACAAAAAUGCAUUAUUAAACACGCUUAACAGUUUGGUGAAGAAAGCGUGUCUCUACGACUGCUCAUUACUGAGAUAUGAAAACACGGCUGGUAUUACCGUACACCCUCAUACUGUAAAUUUUUUAACAAAUUUUUUGAUUUUUGUGCAACUUACGUAUAGGCUAUUCAAAUAUUUCAAUUUCAAAAGUUUUGAAGACAUUGAUUUUUUUCGUGUCGACACUGACUCUCGGGACUUACAAAAAACAGUUUUAACUUCCAUUUUUAAAAUAGUUUAAAAGUAGUCGAAAUUUCCAACAACAAUUGUAGCGAAAUAUUGAACGUCUUAUUUAUUUCAGAAAGUUGAAGGCACGACCUUGACUUACAAGAAUGGCUUACUGAACAUUAACUACCAACAUAAUCGAGUAGUAGAGUGUGGUGGACUCUGUGGAUGUGGCAAUGAUUGUCCUACUCGGGUGAUUCAGGUUGGUUUUUGCUUUUUUAUACUGAUUUUGGUUAAGUUCGGGGGGUUUUAAUGGCUUGGGAACAUAUUUUGGCACUUUUUGGAGGUGGAAUUUUGGUGGAAGAUUUGUAAUGUAUUUUACGCUGAAAAUCUUCCACAUAACUUCCAAUUCUAAAAAUGCUUAAAAACAUGUUUUUAGGUCAUUUAAGACUUUUUAAAAAUGGAAGUUGCGUGGAAGAUUUUUAGUGCAAAAUACAUUACAAAUUUUCCACUCGACUUACACUUUUAAAACUUGCGAUUUUGACUAUGUAUGACUAAAAAAAACUUUUAAUAAUGGCAUUUCUCACUACUUAUGACCAAAAAACUUGAAAAUGCCACUCCAAAUUACAGCGUGGACGUCAAUUCGCCGUGGUGUUAUUCAGAACAGCCGAACGAGGCUGGUCGAUCAGAGCGGCCGAAAAGAUCAGAAAGGAUCAGUUUGUCAUGCAAUACAUUGGCGAAGUCUACCUACUAUGCUCAUCACCCAAAGAUGUCAUGUAUCAGUACGCGUUGGACACCUGCGGGCAUGAAGAUGCUAUUUUCUGCAUCGAUGCUACUCAUUUUGGCAACGAAGCACGCUGGGUCAACCAUUCUUGUGCUCCCAACCUGAAUGUAGUCGGAGUGUUGGCGUCGAGAUACGACAAUCGAUAUCAUGAACUGUGCUUCUUUGCCAAGAGGGAUAUUGAGGCGGGUGGGUGGAUUUUGGAUUUUUGAAGAUUUUGAAAUUUUUAAACUUUUUUGGGAUUUGAAUUUUUUUUUGGAAUUUUGAUUUUUUUUUAAACUUAAAUUUUAAUUUUUAAAAAAAAAUUUUCGAUAUUUUUUAAAUUUUUUUUGAAUUUUUUAAAAUUUUCUAAAAAAUGCCAUUUCAGGUGAAGAACUCCUCAUCGACUAUGGCCACAAACUGAAUCCCUGCCGUUGUGGAGCCGAGUGUUGUAUCAACCCUCCGGGCGCCAAUGAAAACUUGUUAUCAGAAGAGUGA